AUGUCUGGUCAGAAAGGAAGUAUCCAAACUAAACUUAAGCAAAUUUAUCCAUACGCUAUAUACAUUCAUUGUAUGGCACACAAAUUAAAUUUAGUGAUUGUGGACACAUGCAGAUAUUUGAAAGAUCUUAGAAAAUUAUUUAAUGGACUAGAAGCCAUCUACGUACAUUUCUCAUAUCCUUCAAAAAAUAAAAAGUUCUACGAAAUUCAAAAUCAACUUGGUUUGAAAAAAAAAUCUUUAGUUCAGUUAAGUGAAACAAGAUGGGCCUGUCGUUUUAAAAGUUGCAGCUCAGUCAUACAAAAUUAUGGUGUAUUAAUUCAGUCUUUAAAAGAGGAAAUUGAUGCUCAAAAAAUUAAAGAUGUCGCUGAAGCAAUUGGUAUUAUUUCAACAAUUAAGUCUGAUGAUUUUGUAAUAUAUUUAUUCAUAUUAAAGGAAGUGUUACAAAUUAUUCAUAUACUAUCACUCCAUUUACAAUCAAAAUCAGCAACUCUGGGUAAAUCUAAAUCUUUAAUAACUGGAGUAAUUACAACUUUACAAGAACAUCGUGAUUCUGAACAACAUUAUAAUACACUUCGGAAUGAAAUGCUUGAAUUUAGCACUAAACAUGAAAUUUAUCUUGAAAUUCCUUUGGAAUUACUCCCUCGUUAA